AUGACCACUUUAAAGUGGACGAAUCCGCUCCCUGCUACUGUUUCUGGGAUCCAAGCUAUUCCUAGCGGUCUGUCCGCGAACACUGAUGUGUCUGUUCCACCUCCAACCCAUGAACCAGUGGCUCAUCUUCCUCGGGACAAAGAGGACACUGAGGAAGGAAGUCCGGUAUUUAGCAGCACCAGCGUGCCCUUCCAAAUUGAAAAAAAUAAUUCAGCUUCCAGUCUGACACCACAGCUGAUCCACAAGCGGUAUGAGCUGUUAUCAAGGACAAACACUCUUCACGUUCCUCCUUCCGGUCAUCGUACUGCCCGUUUGCCCGUACAGCGCCAGUCCUCUCUGACCUCCGCCCUUCCAUGUUUGGCUGUUUUACUUUUAAAUAAUUUGGACUUAUCUGCUCUUUUCUAUGCAGACUCUGACGUCAAGCGGCGUGACCUCAUGCUUGACCUUCCGCUGACCUCAUACCGUGAGAGCAUGGACCCUAUUGAACGGAUGCUGGAUAAACAGCGGGUCAGCUCAUCUCGAUACAAACCGUUACAUACUUCUGCCGCUGGCGACGUCAUCGCUACCCGUCAGCUACCGUAUCGUGAACCGUCGCGUUUGCAUCGAAGUAUGACUGCACAAGUAGAUUUGGUGCGUGCCGAUAUGGAACAGUGCCGUCGUGCAAUCAUACAAAUGAAAGCAGACCUGGAGCAUUUGCCUGUCGGUUUGAAUCACCCGGUUGCUCACACUGGACGUGAUUUAGAACUUUUUGAUCGACAUCCUCUGAAACGUGUUCGGGCUUUCAACGCUGCGGAACCUCGUAGUAGUUCACAGCGGCAUCGUCGAGCUCUCCUAUCUACUAAUCUGAGUGCUUUGCGUCUACCCUCGUCAGUGGUUACACAUUUCCCACAGACUCCAUUGCACCGGCGUCUGACCCCCACGGUAGAUAUGGCUGACUUUGACCUGUCUGAUGCAAUUUCCUUCUGGCGUCAGCAAUUCAACUCCGAUGUGACAAGUCGUGGCAUUCGAUCUCAUUCACUACGGCAACCUGUUCGAUGGAACCUCGGUUCGGCAAGUAUAUCUGAAGGUGCAGGCCAUGAACUGGUAGCUCGCAGGGCACACAGUCUUCGCCAAACUCAAAACAUUGGUGCCCAUCUAUAUCCAAUUGGAUCUCGUCCUCCACUGCGUCGUCCCGGUUCCGCUUUACGUCUGCAACGACAAGAAUCGGCAGAUAACGGUUCCGCAACCACACAAACCUAUCCCGACUGUCCUAUUAGGACGGAUGCACAAUCUUCGUUUACCGCAGAUGCUGUUCCAGCUCCGUCUGAACUUCACUUAGAGGCGUCAUCAACCAACAACGACACAGAUUUGGCACAGGCUGAUAAUGUGGAUGAUGAGUUGCCCGUUCCCUCAACUUCGCACGCACCAACUCAGGUCGCCAUAAGGAAUCGUCUUUCACUCGCAAAGCCCGAAUCGAGUCAAUGUCAAAACCCCUCCAUUGUACGGCCGGUCACAAAUCUUGAUUUAAACGACGUAGAUGAAAAUGGGAAAACACUAUAUGAAAGUACUCUUCAGGACCAAUCCAUCCCUCCCAUUAAAACUCGUACGGGCUUGAUCCGGAGACCAGGCAUUCGACGCAAGGGUACAUCAUCUCCAGCACAGUCACAUACUGCAUCCAUUCCAACUUUUCAAUUGGAAUCACAACCAAAGCCCCCGGAAUCGGGACCGAAUCUUCCUGUAGAUUGUUCGUCUUCCUCCUCUGUGAUGUGUCGAUCUGCUCAGGUUGAUUCAAAUCUAGACGUUCCAACGGCAUCCACGUCGGUUCCUGCUCCUCAUGCCUCUACUAAUCAGACUGUUGACGGACUGCUGGCGCAGUUGAUGGGCGUGCGGAGCCUGGCAGAAGCCGGUCUUACGAGGGAGCAGUGCCUUGCCCAAUUACGAGGGUCUGACAAUGCUGAGGAUUCAGAGAAUGCCGAGUUGGAUAUUUUGUUUGCUGUGGCUGCAGCGACCGACAAACCCAGGGAUUCUCCGAAACCGCCAACCGAAGAACGCAGUGAAUCUUUGUGCACAUUGGCCCUCUUGUUUGAUGCCGAUAGGGCACAACGCCACAGUGUCGUUCAUCGCCCACUCUCCAGAACCUCUUCUCCAAACAGAUCCACUCCAGUUCGCCGGGAAUCCGCUGACUCCAUUCAACCAUGGCGGCCUCCUCAUCGCAAAAUCACUCGUCCACCGUCGGUGCCGAACGCCAAAGUGUAUGAAUUACAAGUGUUUCCUCGACUCCCAUUCGCUAUCACUUUGCGUGUUGGACGGCUUCAGCUGGAUGCGCUAUUCGAUCGAUGGUUGACCUGGUGGGAAGCACUCUUGAGUAUCCUGAUGUCACUGCUUGUCAGUGUGAUGGGUUAUCUGCUACUAUGUUGCAGCCCGUUUUCCACGGCAAGUGUGGUUAUGUUUUGUUUUGCGAUUGCGGGCUGUCACUAUUCUCUCGUCAAGAGCGUUCAGCCAGAUGCCGCAUCACCUCAGCAUGGUUUCAAUCGUGUUAUUGUCUACUCGCGAGCCGCAUUCUUUUGUUUGAUGGCUGCUAUAUUUGUCUCAACAACCGGCUUCGUGAUGGCUCCAGCUCCGUAUCCGGCUAUUGUUCCGGCAUUCAGCAAAGAGCAACCCAGCUCAUUGCGACUUGCGUCUUUCCAAACUGGUGAAUUGAGCUUGGUGGGGAAUGCGCUGUUCUCCUCAUCAAGUCCGCUGCUUUUGCCAUGGGUUUCCCUGACAGACAAACCUUUGGACUCAGCACAUCCAGUUCCGCAUUUAUCCCUUCAAGGCGACCGAUAUGAGCAGUCAGCCGAUGACAUCAAACCAACCGUGACCUCAAUAGAGCUGUUCGGUUCACCAUGGUCCGCCGCACGACUGGCUGGUUUUGUUCGGUCUCUCAUCUCUACCCUAUUGCUUAUCUACCCUGUUCUGUUUCCCCUUGGUCUCAUCCCACAACUGAAUACUGCACUGACAUACUUGCUGGAGCAAAUCGAUAUUCACAUAUUUGGUGGCAGUGGCUCCGUUGGCCUGUUCUCCGCUUGUUUCUCGCUUAUUCGUAACGCAGUGGCUUUGGCAAUCGGCUGGUGGCUUUGCUUGUUCGCAGUGAAAACCGAGGACCCGCGUCAUCUGUGGUUUUCUGUAUUUUGGGCCAUCUACCUGCCACUGUGCUUUCUUCAAAGUCGUCUCCCGUCGAAUCUGCGACUAUAUGCCGCACUGUUCCCGUGCUCGGAUUUCAACUGGAGAUGGCAAACUCCAACUUGGGACUGGAUUAUUCGACUGUCUCGUUUCUCUUGCUUGGAUAAACUUCACUCAAAAGCCGACAACGUUGGGGCGAAAAGACGUUAUUCUUGGUUCAAAGGAGACAAAGGUCGUCGGAAGCGGGAACCACGUGUCGUGUGGUGGCGUAGUUGGUUACCGUUUAUCUCGGAUAUGGGUAAAAAAUCCUCUUCGCAGAUUAAAUCUAGCGAAUCGGAUAUGGCCGAUCGACUUCUGAGGUCACCCACUGCUAGGCGUCGACACUUAGAAAACAUCAGUGCCCUCCGCUUGCAAAGAAGGGUCAACUCACAAUCUAUAAGGGGAGCAGACCGCCGGGGGCUGAUUUUGCCAGGUCGACAGUUUGGUUCUUCUCCAUCAUUCCCAGUUGGUGAACUUUUCUUGGACUCUCCUCAGCUGUCUAAUCUUCGAAAUUACUCGCUCGAUGAAGAAUAUUUGCGCGAUGACCACAAUACAUCCACUGAUCAGCCAGUUGAGGUGAAUGACGGAAAAUUCCGGGACACCAACUUUCUUCAAGACCGAACCACAGAUUGUUUUGGACAACGGGACGAAGUCCAAGAGACCGGUGCAUGUGCAGAGCUCAAAGAACCACAUACACCUGCUAGUGCCCCGCCAUUGACGCGGUUCCAUUCCAAGAGCUCCCUUCAUCCAGCUGGUGAUGGGAGGAAGACUACUGCUAGUGUGGACUUUGCAAUGUGCAAGCAGUCUAGACAACGAACUUUGCGCACUAAACGUUCAACUCUCACCGGAAGCGAUAGCAGUGGUGAAGUAAAGCGGGAUUCCUUACGGGCCAAGCGGUUUAAAGAUCCGUUGCCCCAACUACUUCGUGAAGCUCUGCUAGCCCGGUUACAGAACGAUUUCAUCUGUUGCGUUUUGUGGGUAGUUGCAGUCUUUGGCAUUCAUGCUAGUCCCCUCGUCGACUAUGCAACCAGUCAUGCUUUAGUUACGCGGAUUAUCGUGUUGGUCACAAUUGUAAACGGGGCUUUUCUGCACUACAUCUGGCCAAACCUUCGCAAGCCGUAUCCAUGGCUUUGUUUUACCAAGCCCCAAAUCGCUCCGCAUUCACGAGGAGAAUUGCUUAAGUUUGAAAUCGCAUAUUUUUGGUUGUGCUGGAUAGAAAGAAACGUGCUAAUACCCAUGAUUACCGUCCUGACUGUGACCCAAUCCAUCCUGGUAAUGACUAGCAAAUUCGGCCACAUGUGGACUUGCAUAAUAGUCCUUGUAACGUCUAUGAAGAUGCUACGCAAUGGAUUCAACGCAUCCGGUGGGCGAACGUUCUUGUUCCUUCUCUUCACGGAGCUUUUAUUCACCUUUGACUUUCACACCCAUUCGGAGUUGUUUCCCCUCAAUUAUUUCUUUGUUUCUAUUUUUGUAAACAAGUUUAUCGAGUUGGUUCAUAAACUCCACUUUGUGUAUAUUUAUACCGCUCCCUUCCGAUUCACAUGGGGGUCUUGCGCUCAUGCGUUAAUUCAGAUAGCCUCCGUUCCACCAUUGCUCACUCACACUCUACCUCGCCUUUUGCAUCUAUCCUUGACACGACACCCUAUAGAUACCUUGUUUCUGCUCGGAAACUGCUUACUGUCUACAAUUUUAUCGUCCCCUUUGGAGCCCGUGUUGGCUAGUGCCGUUUUUAUCACAUCCUAUGCAAGACCAAUCAAAUUCUGGGAAGUUACGCAUCGCACCGAACGUAUGGAGACAACCAACACCGCAUUGAUCAGUCAGUUGCGUGGCGUUUCUGAAAAUCAGGUCACGGGGAAUUUGAACGCGAUAUUCUACGAGCACCUCACCCGUAACUUACAGUCUGUUUUGGCAGGAGAUAUUCAACUGGGUCGCGUCGGUGGCAUGGCUGUGAACACUGGAGACUUUUUCAUAUUCAGUUCAGAGGAGAUCAACCUAGUUAUUCAUAUUAUCGAAGUAGGAAAUGGACUUCUAACGUUUCAGCUUCGUGGUCUCGAGUUCAGCGGAACCUCCUGUCAUGAACGUGAAACCGAAGCUUUACGGUGUACUUCGCAUAAUACGAAUGGUUGUUGUUGUUUCAAUCCCGGACAUCACCCCGGCAUGCUGAGUGUGAAUGCCGCUCUGCGAAUGCGCUGGACAACAUGGCAGUUUAUCUACGGAUCGUACAACGUCUCGGGCUAUCGAAUGACCACGCAUGGGGCUGACACAAUUGUUCGUUUGACGGAUUUUCGUAAAGUCCUUGUUAAUCGUUUCGUACAGUGCAUCAUUUUCUAUGUGCUCCAAUUACAUGACCUUCCGCAAAGACUAGAGAACCUCACCGCAUAUCUACGUGCCGGCAGCUUUGAUUCACCUGGUCAUUUUGAUUUGGACCCGGUUUUCCUUCGGACUAUUGAUGGUGAUUAUGAUGAGCAAUGCAACGGCGUAACGAGACGGCGUUUUAUCAAAGCCUAUGGAGAAUGGAUUCGGUUUUGCUUGUGGAAGAAAGGCGAAUUACUGGAGUCUAUAUCUUGUGAUGAAGAUUCUCCGCUGGUUUCUCUUUGCUACGCGCUAAGUAUUCUCGGACGCCGAUGUAUGGGAGGUAUACAAUCUGCACACUAUGACGUGAAUCAAGUACUUCGGGGCAUCCAUGACAUAUUCAAAGGUGACAUACGAGUAAUGACCAAGGACGAUUGGAUCCUCACUGAUUUGGAUCUGCUGCAGUCUGUGGUUACACCGGCAAUGCGCAUUGCCCUCAAGUUGUAUCAGGAUGAAUUUCUUUGGACACCGGAAUGUACUAACAACACAUUAUAUCGAAAGAUUGUGUACACUGAGAAGAAGUUCGUCAUAUGUCACGAGACCGAUCCAAUGUGGCGGUUCGCUGUACUGAAUGAUGCGUACUCUUUGUUCUCGCUUCGUUGGGUUGGCGCCGACUCGGAUGAUAUGUACCGCUUUGUGCAACUCACCAAAAGCAAGCUUCAGUUCCGUGCUGUAAAAAUAAAUCCAGAAUGCGUUCGUGGUUUGUGGGCUGGACAACAACGUGAACAAAUAUAUCUGCGCAACACCAACGUGGAACGCGGCAGUAUUCAAAUGGCUCAGCAUGUGCUUCGAAAUCUGGUGAACUCUAGCUGCGACCCACCUAUUGGCUAUCCAAUCUAUGUCAGUCCCAUAUUAACCAGCUUCGCUGGAACCAAUCGUCAAUACAGAAAGGCUGGCGGUCCAGAACUUUCGUUUGUCGGUAUCUUGCAACUGGUUCGUCACUGUUUUGCAUGGAUUGGACUGCGUUUUCGGCGACUAUGUCAUCCAAAUCAGAGCAUAGCCCCCAGCGCAGACAGACCGAUGGAACUCACUGAGCGCGGUAGGACCGACACCGCAGGCCGAUCAGUUUCCUGGGAUUCAAGAAGCCAUGGACGCCGAGAUCGUGACAACGUCCACCUUACUGAUCCAAACGACGACCCGCUGAGUAAUUGGCACUCGUUUACCGAGUCGGAUGAAUCAAUUCAUCAGAAGCAGUCAGAGGUAGGACAGUCUGCACGCCUAACAACACUUGCCGCCCUGGUACAUGAACACUAUGACGUUGAAGGACACUCUUCACCUAGUGGGUCGAGAGCCACCACGCGAACGAGGGUUAAAAUAAUCGAUCCAACACAGGUACUCAAUGACCGUCUUGGCAAGCUAACUUGGCCUUCUGAAGAAUGGCGGACACAGUGUUUGACACAGUCCCUUUGUAGCCCUUCAGUUUACGAUGGAUUAGAAGGACAAUGCGUACAUCGCUGGACCCCGAGUAAUCCGGAUCCAACAGCACGGUCGUUCUGUCAUCGAACCAUCGCGCUAGUAGCCUUUCCUAAUGGACCGCCGUUGCUCGAUGGUCACUAUGUCGCAAUUUGGGAAGACAAGGGCCUAGUCGAAGUGCCACCAGACGGCGACGCAUCUGUAUUAGGACAAACGGCCGAAACUCUAUAGUCUGACGGGCAGCAGUUUGAAUAUCCUUCCUCCUCCGGUCUGUUUCUGACUGCUGUCCAGCUGAUGCAUGAAUUAUCUGCUCCUUAUUGCAUUCAAGUGCGUCACACACGGGAAUCGAUGCACACGCUCCACUCUACUGGCUUGUUUAUAGGACUAUGCUGUUACAGCAGCAUUCGGUCAGAUCGUUCCUGACCUGAAUUCCUGGUGCAAAGCAGCGCACAACUACGGAUUUUUCUUGGUUCAUCUUGUCAUUCUAUUGACUACCAGAACUUAUGUAUAGAAUUAUUGCUUCACUGUUUCACUUCUUCCGAUGAUGUUGAUGAAAAAAUCUAUAGGUGGUUUAUCGCGUU